UGAAAAUACAUUUUAUCAGCAGAUUAUUCCGUGUAGUUUCUUUGAAGUGUGUAAGGUGCUGUGAGCGUUUACCAGUAUUUUAAAUAUUAGUGCAGAAGUAUAAUGUAAAAUAUAUGCUCAACAGGAAAUGUUCACUGAAUCUUUAUGUUAAGGGAAAAGAGAAAAUAAAUAGUUGUAUCAUCACGCGACAUAAUAUACCAAAAGUUGUUGAAAACGUGAUCGACGUUGGCAAGCGUGGUGCAACCAUGGGUCGGGCUGCUUGAAUAUGUGGGAAAACAGCAGACAUUUAUUGCUUUUCUGUGUUGUGUGUGGCGCAGUAGGAUCUUAUUUAUUAUCUGUGUAUGUUUUAUUAUUUGCACUUGUGGCGUGUGUUUGCAUAGUCGUUAACGACUCGAAGUUAUCUGGACAGGCUGUGACUGCGAUCAAAAACUUCACUUUUCCAGUUCCGUGUUGGAUAAAGUCUACCAUCACUUUUCUAAUGAAUAGUUACCAUCUUUCGAAACCAUUGGAAACCGAAUCGGGUUCACGAAGAAGUUCGCCGUAUUCUCCUAAUGUAUCAGUACACAGGAGACCAAGUUGUCGUACUGGUCGUUUUACUUGUUUGGAUGAAAAUACAGACUACGCCAAUCGUAGGAAUGGUAUUGGUCUCUGCAGUCCGAGUCCAGCUUUUAGUAACAAUUAUUCAAACAGUUAUCAUGGCUUUAGAAGGCAUAGUGGGUUUAAUGACUCUGAGAAUUCUUCGAAAAUUGAAGAAUUUUCUACACCACAAACCUCACCUUGGACACGAAGACAGAAUUACAGUGGUAAUGAAUUUAAUAACGUAAGAAGAGUUCAGACAGUAGCCGGACCUCUACUGGCAACAUCAGGUUUAACAAAGAGGAAAUCAAAUGAUUUUGGGUUAUAUGUAGAUGCCAAUAGUCCUGGUUUGGCUAGUCGCAUUGUGCAGUACAGGGAAGAAGGUGCAUCAACCGGUGAUGGUGUGUGGACGCACCAACCACAGUACAACAGCCCUGGACAGUUCCCAAUGGUUCAACUGAGUCACUCUUCGUCCUCAUUGCCUGUGCUGUCUCCACUCAGUAGUCAGAAGGCUUCAAGAAGAUCAGUUAGAGUUAAAAUUGCACCACCAGAUCCCCUGGGGUCUAGAUUGUAUCCUCUUUCAACUAAAAGUAAUGCUUCAUUAUCGUCUACAAUGCAAACAGAUCAAUCUAUGAAGUCUGUGUUAGAAACUUUGAAGGAGAUCUCUCGGAAGAGAAUACAUUCUCAGCUGGAGGAUAAUGACGAUGAUGCUGCAAAGAGGCAGAAACGAUGUGGGCCUCCUGAUGUGUUAGGAACGCAAACAGAUGAUAAUGAUGGUGAUGGGGAAAAUCUAGCGAAGCGUUUGAGAGAAGAGUCCCCUCGUCAACAGGAGCUGUCACCACCCACUCGACCAGCUAAGAGAAUCCGCAAUAAUGAAAUAUUAAGCUCUCUGAGUUCCAGCCGCAAACUCCUCCAGGGAGGAAUUAAACGGAAGACGCACAGCUUGGAUUGGUCAAGGUGUAGCACUCCAGUUCUUGGGAAACAACAGAAAACUGUUAAUGAGGACAUCUUAUCUUCACCUUCCCUUGGACCUAUAGGAACACAACGUUCGACAUCAGGUGCCCAGACUCUCCUGGCUGAUGAUGGCAAGAAGGCUAGUGUGAGACCUUGCAACUUUUACCAUAAAAAUAUAAAGACACCAUUAGAAAAUGAGAGAAGAAAUGUAAACAGCCUUUCAUCAGGAAAUCUUUCAAAUUCUGUGAAAGAAAGUCAGAAGAAUCCGUUACAAACAACACCGGUUGUUCCAAAAGCUACGAAGAUAAGUUCCCCUGUUGAUGAUACUCCGUGGCAAAAAGAUUCUCCUUUUGUCUCAGUAUCAUCUCCUGAUGAUAUUAUAGAUGAUGUUUCAGCACUGGAAGAAAAGAGAGAAGAAGAUCGAAGGUCUCGGCUAAUGGCAAUGAUGACUGUAAUCAGUGGAGGAGAGCCCCCAGUGAAAAGUGCUGUAAAUCCUGGCAAUGCAGGUGCAGGAACUGAUGCAUCAUCAACCUUCAGCCUGGGUGGUUCUUUUACUGUUCCUCCUGUCUCAAAUGCCCACCUACUUGGUGUGUCAUCUGAGAAGCCUUUACUUGUGUCAUCAUCGCCCAGUGGUUGGUCUGCAACUGCUACGUGUUCUACUGCUUCAACUGUUGCAAGUGUAGCUCCUAUUUCCACUCCAAGCACAGAGCCCCUUGUUAAUAAGUCAGUAGCAGAGAACACCAGUUCACCAGGUCUUUUGAGCAAUGUUUCCACAAGCUCUUCGAUGUUUGCAUUUGGCAAUACUACAACACCUCUUGCAAAUACUUCAGUUGCAUCUAAUAAUGAUAUUCAGAAUGCUCCUGUCACUUCUAGUAAUCAGCUACCAGUAGCUCCUGUCUUUGGAUCAUCACCUGCAUCAGUGACCAGUCAAUCCGGUAUAUCUGUUUCUUCACCAAUGGUUUUUGGCUCUGCACCAUUAUUAUUUGGAUCAAAGGUUCCUGUGAAUACAGAGAAUUCCCUUUCUUCAAAUAGUCAGAAUCAACCAGCAGUCAGUUCCACUGUUCUCACCACUUCUGAAAAUAUUUCAUUUGGCAACACUAAGCAAGUCUCAUUUGGAGUUGCCCCGCCUUCAACUACUUCCACUGUAACCUCUCCUGUAACAAGUUCUUCUGUAUUUCAGCUGCGUCCUGCAGCGAGUGGUAUUGGACAAGACAAUUCUGUAUUGUCAUCUUCUAUUGGUUUUAGCUCGGCAGCACCUGUUAUAGCUGCUGCUACUUCUCCUAGUCAGACAAAUGUUUCAAAGGCACUUCCGUUUGGAAAUGUGGAAAAAUCUGCACAGAACUCGAAUAUAACAGUGACUUCUGGUACAUCAUUGUUUGGAAUGCCAGCAAAUCCAUCUGCCACCUCUACUUCACCUCCAACAUCGUCUUUUGUAUUUGGAAGUUCUGGCACAUCAGCACCAGCAACUGGAUCACAAAUAAAGCCAGGGCUUUUCUCUUUUGGUAACACUGCUGUUUCUACCCCUAGCACACUAACAGCUUCAAACUCCAACACUAAAUCUAUAUUUGGCAGUGCCUCGGGAAGCUUUGGUCAAGCUGUGGAAGCUUCAGGUACAAAUUCUGCAGCGCCAAAUCAGUCUUCAAAUGCUCAAAUUGCAGGCAAUAAGAUAGGUGGAUUCGCAUUUGAUUUGGCAUCUGAAAAGACCCCUGUAGGCACAACACCAUCUAGCACAACUACUAAUGUGUUUGGCAACCCCAGUUCUCUACCCAUUAGUAGUGAAUCGAAACCAUUUACAUUUGGUUCUGGCAAGCCAAUAGAGAAUCCUUUUGCAUUGAAUACAUCUCGAACUGAUACUUCUGGUAAAGUCUCCCAGGCACAACCUUCUGCAAAUCCCUUUGGAACACCUACUUCAUUGCAGAAACCAUCUGAGAUAGAGAAGCCCAAAGAAAAUCCCUUUUCCUUUGGUGGAAAUUCAACUGCUUCUCCAGGAUUCUCAGCCCCACAGACUGGUUUCUCUUCCCAGCCUGCUGCCACAUCUACAGCAAAUAAUGGACUUUCCUUCUCCUCUACGAGAGGGUUCUCUCAAUCACAGCCUGGUGGUGGAGGGUUUUCUUUACAAACUGCUGCCACACCAACUGCCACAUUUGGUUCACCAGUCACAACAUCUGUUGCAGCUAAUUCUGCUUUUAGUUUUGCUAGCAGUGUAUCGAAUCCAGCUCCACAGUCGAGUUUGUUUGCUUUUGGUAACAGUUCAGGAACAUCAGAUCCUCAGCCUGGUGGUAUAUUCCCGUUUGGUGGUGGAAGUACUAGUAAUAAUAGUAGUGGCGGUAGUGGAACAGGCACUGGAGGUUUGUUUGGGCAACAAACUGCUCCUACCGGUCCUAUUCAGCCUCAAGCUGUGCAAACACCUGCAGCCGCAGCUGCUCCAACACCAGCCUCAGGCUUUCAGUUUGGGGCUUCAAGUGCCUCCCAAACUCAAGUGUCAGGGGCAUUCAGUUUUGGGUCAACUACAAACCCUACGCCUGCGCCUGCACCAGCGGCAGCACAAGCACCUGCAUUUCCGACUGGAUCGUUCCAGAUGAAUGCUGGUGGAUUUGGAAGUGGACCUGCAAUGUUUAGCAUUGGUUCCGGUUCCACUGCUCCUAGGGCGCGUAGUGCACGGGCAAGGAGGACCAAGUGAUAUCUGAGAUCCACAUGUACACACUGAUCUGUGUCAAGUGAAUUUUGAUUGUAUAAAGAAACUGUGGACAGUGUUAAAGGUGUGUGUGCAGAACAUGUGUUGAAAAUAAAUAAGGGGAUCUUUGUUUUCAAGUAUUCAAUUUUUGUAUGACUAGACUUGCUUAAAGUGAGUGCGUAGAGGAUUGAUGAUUUGAGUUUAUAAUCUUACAUUAUAUGUAGAUUUUUUAAGCAUAUUCCCAGAAUACUAUAAUGCUGUUGAAUUUAUUUUGUGCGAAUGGCUGUUUGAUAUUUUUUUAUGUUGCUUCUGGAUUCAUGAAUCCUUUAAAAAAUUAAAAGAAAAAUAAUAAAUUAGUUAUAAUAGUUUAUCUCGAAUGUGGUUUUGCAAGCUGCUAACCUUGCAUAAUCAAAUACCCAUGAUGCAAAUAAAAUAAAAUAUAUUAAAACUAUUUUUUUUUGUAUUAUGAACAAGUUGAAGUAGAAUGAGCAAUGGCAUUUUUCCAUUGGAGUAGUUUCUUCCAGAGAAUCUAGCAUAAGAUACUAAUGUUAAACACAUUUAACCCUGUGACAAUCCCUAGAAAAUACCUUGAAUCCUAGAAGAGAUUUUAAAAUGUCUAUAAUGGAAUUAAUAAUACUCUUAUGUGAAACUGUUGUAUAUUUUUAGUUAACUAUCCUUUUUUUUCUAUUGUACGAUAAUCUUUCUAUUGAAAAUCCCUCCUCCAAAACAAAAAAUAAAACAAAGUACUUCAAUGUAUAUCAUUAUUUUUAUUAAUAAUAAAAUUUUCAAUGAUAGUGAGAAUCUAAAGCAACAAUU